GCCAAAUGUCAGAGCUGAACUCAUUGCUGUACUGAGAUCAUCACCUACCAAUCGCUGCAGUGGGAGGUGCAACGGUUCUUAAAAACAGGCUCGCUAGAUAAAUACAAAGCAUUUCCGCCUGACUCCAGAUCACCGUCUACAACGGAUCACACUGAGCUUGGCACUUGAAAAGGGUUGCACCAAAAUGAAGAACCUGCUUCAGUUCUUUGUCUGUCUCAUCAUUGUCCUCAACACAACUGGGGCUGAUGAAGUGAAUUAUCUUCGUGUUGGAGACAGUGUUGAUCUGAAGUCUCCAUCACUCCCCUCACAAUAUUACGUAAGCUGGUUCUUUGAAAGAGACCCUAGGAUUGAGCUUGCCGACAUUUCCUAUUUAAAUAGAAAACAUGUUAAUCCAGGUUCUGGUCAAAUCUGGAGCAGCAGGUUGGACAUCUCUACCAGUGGUCUGACCAUCAAGGACAUGCAAGAGGAAAACUUUGGAACCAUCGUCUGCGAAGUGAAACGUAGUACUAAUUUACAUAGCACAUUAAAAUUUCACCUGAUCAAAGUCACGGUGAGUAUGAAGGAUCAACCAUCAUCCCUGAUCCCUGGAAAUCUUCUGUCGCUGAACUGCAAGGCUGAGACUAAUAGAAAACACUCAGUUUAUUGGAUAAAACCAGCGGGCGACAAAGCAACUCCUCUCCAAGGAUCAAUCACAAAGAAAGCUGAAAGCCAAGACAAUGGAGAGUGGCAGUGUGUUGUGAAAGACAACAAAGAGAGCAGAUUCAAAUUUUUUGUUUCUGUUGUUGACUUCUCCUCUGCAUCCAAAUACGUCUACACAUCUACAAACCACCCUCUUAGCAUUCCUUUUUGGAUUACUCCCAAAGACUUUGUGCAAAAAAAUUCGUCCAGCAUCAAGACAAUUGAGUGGCUCUUCACCCCGAAAACAUCUUCCACUCAACAGACUGUCUUCUCCUUCUCAUCAGAGAAUGGACAGCUGAAACCGGAGGCUACAGCCAGAGAACUGAGCUUUAAAAACUUCACAGCUGGUGGAAAUUUUUCAUUGCACAGAAAUCUGGCGAGGGCAGAAGACAGAGGGACCUACAACUGCUCCAUCACAUUUACAAACGGCUACGUGCUCAGUAGGAGUCUGGUUGUAGAGGUGCUGGAAAUCAUCCCCUCCCCAGGAACGGAGUUAAUUUCAGGCCACCACCUGAACCUGUCCUGCUCCACCGGCGGUCCUCUGGAAACUGGCGUCACGGUGAAAUGGGUCCCCCCGGUUACAUCAUCCUUGGCGAAAGCCAAUUUUUUGCCCGGUCACCUCAUCAUCCCGAGAGUGGGAACGGAGGACUCUGGAAAGUGGAGGUGUGAUCUGAGGCGGAACACGACGACGCUGACGUCGGCUGUGAUAGCUCUGAAGAUCGAUCCCGUUCUCACUGUGUGGAUGAUAGUGACCAUAUGCGCUGCUGGAGUCAUCUUAAUCCUCCUCCUCAUUCUAGCUUUCAUCCUCUUCAGGCGCAGACAGCGGAAGAUGAGACUGUUAAGGCAUCGACUCUGCAAGUGCGAAAACCCAAAGCCUAAAGGUUUCUACAAGGCCUGACAGUUCGCAGCAGGACAUCAGGGCAUCAUGCAAACAAUUCUGUCCCAAACGGACCCUCGUUGUUUCUGGACUGUGCUAACGCUCUUUCAUGUGUUGAAGGAGAGACAGAAGAGACGGAAACUUGUAGACAUUGCUAAAAUGAAAAAAGACUGGAAACAAAUGUAAAAAUUGUACGUAUCAACCACUUUUUCUUACCUUUUUGGAUUGUUUUUUACUGAUAAUGGUCAUUUCAACCAGAUCAGAUAUUUGCUGUUUUUAACUUUGCAUCUUAAUGAAAACGAGUCAGUUUGGAAACAGUUUUAACUACUUUUCCAACAAAUGAUUUUUAGUAUUUUCUUUUUUUAAAUGUGACUCUGGUAAUUGAUAUACAUCAAUCAGAUAUCAAUGCUUGCUACUUUGGCUUCAUCAGUGAUCAUAAUUUUUCAUAUUUUGCAAAAGUAAACUUUGUUCAACUGGGAGAAGAACCACAAUCAGUGGAAAUACAAUAGAAUUUAAAUUUUUCAGAAAAUAAAAUACUAUACAAUUAGAUUAUGCAAAUGAUUUGAACACACUGAACAAUAUUUAUUGUUAUAGUUUGUAGAAAUAAAUAAAAACUUUGAGAUUAAAACUGAGAUGUUUGUGGAUUUGAUAUAAAAUGGAAGGAGGUCGGCCGAAAUGCCAGCCGUUUUAACCAGCCCUUCAAAAGAGUCGAGGCAAUCUUUUAAAUAAAAAAUCAGAAUACAUUCAUCUAAAAAAAUAUUCAAAUUCUCUUUGUUCAGAAAUAGAGACCAUAAAAAUAUCUCAUAAGGACUGCGUCUUGAUUGGUCAUAUGCAUCAAUUUUAACGGUUCAGACCACAAAAAGGCAGAAGUUUUUUUUCUUAGUUUUGCUAUUUAUAUUCACAUUUUAAAGAAAUUUUCCUGAAUACAGAAGUAUAAGGUUAUUUCAGUUGUUUUAAAAAGUAACUUUAACGAUCCAUGGAGGAUUUUGUCUUUUCUGCCAGUCAGACAAAACUGAUUUUAAUCCUCUUUCCUCUGCACAGAAGCUUUUAAUGUUUCCCUGAAGGUUUUUUAUAUAUUAAACCAUAUAGAUCAGUGAUUCAUUGGAGAUUAUAUUUGCUUUUCUGUAAUGUCUGACAGUUCAGAGCCUCUCCCUCACCUUCCUGAACGUACCUCCUGACAGCAUUAUUGAUGUUGACUUGCUGUUUUUCUACCGUUUCCAUUUUGAAUUUAAAUCCAGGAAUAAGUUUAGUUGCUUAUAUAUACAUAUCAACUUAUAUAAAUAU